UGAUUUUGACCUAGACCGUGACUUUGACCUAGACCGUGACUUAGACGUAGACCGUGACUUAGGCGUAGACCGUGACUUAGACGUAGAUCGUGACUUAGACCUAGAGCGUGAAUUACACCUGGACCGUGACUUAGAGCUAGACCGUGAUUUUGUCCUAGACCGUGACUUAGAGCUAGACCGUGAUUUUGACCUUGACCGUGAAUUAGACCUAGACCGUGACUUUGACCUAGACCUCGACUUUGAGCUAGACCGUGACUUAGACCUUGACUUUGACUUCGAUAUAGAACGUGACUUUGACCUUGACUUUGACUUAGAUCUAGAACGUGACUUAGACGUUGACUUUGACUCAGAUCUUGACUUUGACUUUGACCUUGUCUUUGACUUAGACCUAGAACGUGACUUUGACUUUGACCUUGUCUUUGACUUAGACCUAGAACGUGACUUAGACCUUGAUUUUGACGAAAAUCUUGAGAGGUCGAAAGACACACCACCAACGAUACUUGAAAUUGACCUUGAACGUGACUUAGAUCUAGAUCGUGACUUAGACCUAGAGCGUGAAUUACACCUGGACCGUGACUUAGAGCUAGACCGUGAUUUUGUCCUAGACCGUGAUUUUGACCUUGACCGUGAAUUAGACCUAGACCGUGACUUUGACCUAGACCUCGACUUUGACCUAGACCGUGACUUUGAGCUAGACCGUGACUUAGACCUUGACUUUGACUUCGAUAUAGAACGUGACUUUGACCUUGACUUUGACUUAGAUCUAGAACGUGACUUAGACGUUGACUUUGACUCAGAUCUUGACUUUGACUUUGACCUUGUCUUUGACUUAGACCUAGAACGUGACUUUGACUUUGACCUUGUCUUUGACUUAGACCUAGAACGUGACUUAGACCUUGAUUUUGACGAAAAUCUUGAGAGGUCGAAAGACACACCACCAACGAUACUUGAAAUUGACCUUGAACGUGACUUAGAUCUAGAACGUGACUUAGACCUAGAGCGUGACUUAGUGUUAGAUUGUAACUUCGAUCCAGACGGCGACUGUGAUCUUGAUUGUGACUUUGAAAGUGCCCGUAAUCUUGACAGCGACUCCGUUCCUGGCGGCGACUGUGAUCUUGAUCGUGAUUUCAUUCUAGACGGUGACUGUAAUCUUGACAGUGACUUAGACAAUGACUGUGAGUUAGAUUUAGACCGUGACUUAGACCUAGAUCGCAACGUAGACCUAGACCGUGACUUAGUCCUACACCGUGUCUUAGACCUCGACCGUGACUUAGACCUCGACCGUGACCUAGACCGUGACUUAGUCCUACACCGUGUCUUAGACCUCGACCGUGACUUAUACCUAGACCGUGACUUAGACCUCGACCGUGACUUAGACCUAAACCGUGACUUAAACCUAGACCGUGACUUUAUUUUCGGAAUUCGAUCGUGA